GGCCUCUCUGGGUGUUACAUAUGUCCGUCCAAACUUAAUAUACCUUAUUCCAAAAAUGGUGCAGGGAAUAAAAAAACUCUGCGCUGUAGCUAAUUGAUCACCAAUUGAAUUGAAAUAGUCUUGAAGUUUGGCUGGAAACCGUUUAAGAUCGCAUCGUUCGCUGAAAAAAGGAUCUUUUUCAAGAGCGGAUUAAGAUAAAGUCGUAAAUGUGGAUCGAGUUGAAAACACUACUCAACGAAGCGUUCCGCCAACGUUUCUCAAACUACAACCGGUCGUAAUAAAAGCGUAUAAAGAACCCCGAGAAACCUUUUAAAAACCCCAUUGUUUUGUGCUCAAGCCAAAUAACGGGUUCCACCCUAAUUACUUCCGUCCAAACAUAUGCUGUAAUUGUGAUAAUUGGUUGGUCUAUAUUUCAAAUUUCCUUUUUUUAGGGGUUUUGGUAAAGACUUCACAAAAAAGAAUUCUCUAGUGAUUAAAGUGCCUGGUCCGAUUAGUUUAAUAGGAGAAUAUGCCGUUUCGGGUAAAGUUUUAAUUUUGCCAAUGCAAGGAGAAGGCAAAAGCAACAUAACUUUCGUUGACGCGGAAUUUAGAAUUGAUUUCACUGGUGCUCCUGAAGAAAGCGACGGCAAUACUUAUAUGAAAUUGGAAAAUUUUCAUUGUUAUGCUGAUCCCAAGUCCAUAAUAUUUGAUUUCGAGAAUUUGUUCAAUGGAGAUAAAGCAUUGGGAGAUAAUAUGAACAAAUUUUUGAAUGAAAACUGGAAGGAAAUCUUUACCGAAUUAGAAGACUCACUGGAUAAAGAAUUUGGUGUCGUUGUUGGAAAAGUAGUUCAUAAAGUGUUAGCCAAAUAUCCAUAUGCAAAAUAUUUUAAUGAGUAA